AUGUUGGCUGACGACGCGCCGCCCGACGACGUUCGUGGCGCCUUUGCCGCCCCCGGCGGUGCCAAGGACCUCACCUUGGCCGAUAUCCUCCUUCGCGAUACCCAAUAUGUCUACUCUCUGGUUCUUCUCGUUGCCUUCAUUUCCCUUGCGGCCUGGUACUCUGUCUUCAACUCUAAGAAAGAAGAGGACCUUGUUCAGCCUAAGGUGAAGGGCCCUGGAGGCAAGCCCCUUCCCAUCACCAAGCGCAAGCGACGCAACGACGGCGAACGUAAGAUCGGUCCUCGUUUUGGCCGCAUCGCUAAGAACGUCUUUCGCUAUCUCGCUGCUGUUGUCUUCCUGAGCUAUGUGGCCACCGGGGUUUCCAUGUUUGUCCAUGCCUUCUAUCAUGAGAACCCUUAUAAAUGGUCAAAGGAUGGACUUCCAUGGGCUGGCGAGUGGUCUGUGGUUCAUGUCCUGGGUUCUACCUUCUUCUACCUUUAUAUCCUCUUCUCGCUGUUUGAUUGGCGCAAGGGUCCUAAUGUUGUUCAUCUGGCCAUCUGGGUUCUUGGCCUCAUUGGUGAACUCAUCCUCUUCAUUUCCACUGCCAUUGUUGCCGCAGACUGCCACUUUAUGCGUACUGUCCAGCAAGAAGACCCCGCCAAGGACCAGAACUGCAUUGAUUCGUGGACCAAGAUUGACCUCGUUCUCUAUUUCGUCCGUCUGCUCCACAUCAUUGGUUCAAUCUCUCUCUUCUGCGUUGCUUGGAUUCUCAAGAACCGUCGCGUCGAGGAUAGGGCCGAGGAAGGACGCUCUGAGGCUAAUGGCCGACGGUCUCGUGGUAGAACCAUCUCCAACGCUGCCAAGCCCUCCGCAUCGUCUUACGCACGCAAGGAUGACCAAGCCGCCUUCUACCGACAGAAGAAGAUCCCCCACAAGACAUGGUUAGAGUACGUUAGAGGCUACUCUCUGUUUUUCCCGUAUCUUUGGCCCAAAGACUCCGUCAAGCUGCAGCUUCAAGUACUGCUGUGCUUUGCUCUAGUCAUUGUUCAACGAUUGGUCAACGUCUAUGUUCCCUGGCAGAUCGGCAAAGUCGUCAACCAACUGGAAAAGGUCAUCCGAAGUGGCGAGCCCAUCACCCGCGACAACUUCCCCCUCAGAGACUUUGUUAUUCUGGGCAUUCUCUGGGUGCUACAGGGACAGUCUGGUCUUCUUGGCUCCCUACGAUCCUUGCUUUGGAUUCCUGUUUCGCAAUACUCGUAUCGAGGACUGACAGCCGCGGCCUUUAACCAUGUCCACUCUCUCAGCCUCGACUUCCACUUGUCGAAGCGCACUGGCGAGGUUCUCUCUGCACUCAACAAGGGCUCUGCCAUCAAUGCCUUCCUCGAACAGGUGACGUUCCAGGUGAUACCCAUGCUUUUCGACUUGUUCCUCUCAAUCUCCGUCUUCUACUUCAACUUUGGUCCCCUGUACGCCCAGCUCAACUUGGUGGACACCUGUUGGUAUCUCUACAUGACAAUCAAGAUGGCCGCCACGAGAGCAGACCAGCGACGAGAGAUGACAAACGCAGAUCGCGAAGAGGAAGCGGUGAAGAACGACUCUAUCUCUAGUUAUGAGACGGUCAAAUACUUCAACGCAGAGGAGUACGAGUCCAACCGAUAUCGGGCCAAGGUCGAGGUCUUCCAAAAGGCCGAGGCUCAGGUUCAGACUGGCAUGGUCCUCAUGAACAUCUGCCAGACUCUCGUCUUCAACUUAGGUAGAAUAGUGGCUGCCCUGCUCUGCGGUUGGCAAGUCCUGGUUGGCAUGCGAUCUACGGGAGACUGGUUCGUCGUCGUAUCUUACAUGACCCAGCUUCAGGGUCCUCUCAACUUCUUCGGCUCCUUUUAUCGAACAGUCCAGCAGGCCAUGAUCUCUGGCGAGCGUCUUCUGGAGCUCUUCAAGAUCCAACCUACCGUCGUUGACUCGCCCAAUGCCGUGCCCCUCGAAAACUUCACUGGGCAUGUCCGAUGGAAGAAUGUGAGCUUUUCCUACGACGCUCGAAGACCUGCCCUGCGUGACAUCAGCUUCGAGUGCGCUCCGGGAACCACAACGGCCUUUGUUGGCGAGUCUGGUGGUGGCAAAUCCACCCUGUUCCGACACAUGUUCCGUUACUACGACUGUGACGAGGGCAGCAUCGAAUUCGACGGCAAGAAUGUCAAGGAUCUCACAAUCAACUCGGUUCGCCGCCAUAUCGGAGUUGUGCCCCAGGACACCACCCUCUUCAACGAGACCCUAAUGUACAACCUCAAGUAUGCUAACCCGCAAGCCACUGAUAAGGAAGUGUAUGCUGCCUGUGCCGCCGCCAGCAUUCAUGAUCGCAUCAUGUCAUUCCCAGAUGGUUACAACACCCAGGUUGGAGAGCGAGGUCUCAGACUCAGUGGUGGUGAGAAGCAGCGAGUGGCUAUUGCCCGUACCAUCCUCAAGGAUCCUAGAAUUAUCAUGCUGGAUGAAGCCACCUCUGCCCUCGACUCGCACACAGAACAGGAGAUUCAGAAGAAUGUCACUAGUAUUGGCCAGGGACGCACACUGCUCAUUAUCGCGCAUCGAUUGUCCACCAUCACCCAUGCUGACCAAAUCAUCGUCCUUCAUGCCGGUACCAUCGUUGAAAAGGGUAACCACCUCGACCUUCUCGCUGCCAAGGGUAUUUACUACUCCAUGUGGCAGAAGCAAGUCACAGCCGAACGCGCCUUGGAUGUCGCUAGAGAAGCUUCCUUGCAAGCCAAACGUGCUAUGAGGGCCGCAAACAUGGGUGGUAAGAACAAGUCAGCGGCCCAAAUCGACGGAUAUGAGAGUCACGGUUCCGCUACUGAGCAGCCUCAACUCAACGGCGAGGCUCACCCUUCGGCAUCUUCGUCGGACAACGAGUCGACUCACGAAGAGGAGCGACCCCGCGAUCGCCAGUAG